AUGGUUCUCGUGCUGGGACGGGCAGGCAGCGGAUGCACAACCUUUUUGAAAACUGUCGCUGACGGCCCCAUCCCCGGCACCGAGACAUCUGGGACUCUCCUAUAUGGCGACCAAUCGAGGAAGGAGUUUGUCAACGCUUAUGCCGGAGAGGCAGUGUUCUGUGGCGCCGAAGACUUUCACAAUCCCACUCUCACCGUGGAGCAGACUCUGCAGUUUGCCUUGGAUUUGACGGUGCCAAAGUCUCAUGUGGGAGGCACAAGGGAGAAGAUUUUCAAAAAUGAGGUGCUUGAGAGCCUUCUGGAGAUUCUGAAUAUCAGCCACAUCAGAACCACCAUGCUCGGGGAUGCGAGAAUUCGGGGCGUUUCAGGCGGAGAGCGUAAACGCAUCUCGGUCGGCGAGGCCCUCAUUACCAGAGCAGCCAUCACCUGCUGGGAAAAUCCCACGCUUGGUCUCGAUGCUGCUUCGGCGUCGGAAUACAUCAAAGCCCUCCGAGUACUCACGACUGUAUAUGAAAGCGUUUCCCUGGUCUCACUCUAUCAGGCGUCCGACACGCUUUACCGCUGCUUUGAUAAAGUUCUCAUCUUGGAAGACGGCCAUGAACUGUACUUUGGACCAAGUGCCAGUGCUCCUGGUUAUUUCGAGCAACUGGGUUUUAAUCGAAUCCCAGGCCAGUCUCUCGCCGACUUCCUCGCCGAAUGCGCUGACGCAAGGAUGCGAUCUUCCCACCAUCCAUAUUCCACGACCGACCUUGCUCGAAUAUUUCGAGAAUCAGUCACCUACACCCAGCUUCGGCAGGAAAUGGCCAAAUGCCGAGACGAGGCUCGUGACGAGGUGUAUCAGCGCCACAUAGCAGAGUGCAUCGAGAUCGAAAAGCGCACCGGUUGGCAGUAUGGCCCCAACAAAGCUUCAAUCUGGACUCAAAUAUCCGCAAUCGCGCGCCGGCAUGCUCAGUUGCGACUGCAAGACCGACUUGGCCUGAUUAUCAAGAAUGUCACUUCGAUCAUUGUGGCUCUGGUCUGUGGUUCAAUGUAUUGGCAACUACCCGAAACUUCUGACGGCACAUUCACGCGCGGAGGCGUCAUGUUUAUCGCAUUGCUGUACAAUGCGUUCUCUGCAUUUGCAGAGUUGCCAUUGGCGGUUCUGGGUCGACCAAUUAUCAACAAGCACAAGUCAUUCGCAUUUUACCGUCCCAGUGCAAUGUAUUUGGGCCAGAUUAUUUUCGAUAUCCCUGUAUCAGCGGUCGAGGGGCUUGUAUUCUCUUCCAUUGUCUAUUUUAUGGCUGGCCUACGUACCGAUGGCGGAUCUUUUCUAAUAUUCUACCUGUUCAUCAUUCUCACUCAAAUUACCAUGGCACUAUUCUUCAGGACGCUAGGUUGCGUGUCCAAGACACUUGAUGGAGCUCUCAAGGUAGCUUGCGUCCUUAUCAUACUCUUCGUCCUAGAGUCUGGAUAUCUCGUGCCAUACCGCAAUCAGCGCCCAUGGGUCCAGUGGUUCGCCUGGGUCAACCCCAUCUCAUACAGUUUCGCGGGCCUCAUGGCCAACGAAUUCCGUCAACUGACGUUGAUUUGCUCAGAUUCGAGCCUGAUUCCCCACGGCUUAGGAUACAGCGACCUUAAGCAUCGCAUCUGUUUAGUUCCAGGCGCAGCACCUGGAUCGAGAUCGGUCAGCGGAUCCACCUAUCUCUCUGCAGCUUUUGGUUUCAAUACUCACGAUAUCUGGAGGAAUGUCGCAAUACUUGUCGCCUUUAUUCUCGUCCUCUUGAUUUUCAACAUCAUCAUCUCUGAGUGCGUCGCUUUCGUUACAUCGCCACUGGAGAUGGGACCACUUGGAGAUAACCAGGUCCCCAUACCGGAUGAAGAAAGGCCAAUUAGUAUACGUUGUCCGCCCGAGACUCGUGGCCCUUGUCACCAAGAGGAAACGAGGCAUGAAACUAUAACCUGGAGUGGUAUGGGCUACGCUGCUUUGAUUCCUGGGUCCGGCUCGGUCCAGAUCCUCCAAGACGUCUCCGGCUACGUUAAACCCGGCAUGAUGAUGGCUCUCAUGGGGGCGUCUGGGGCCGGGAAAUCUACUCUACUGGAUUUGAUGGCGGAUCGGAAGACGACUGGUACCAUCAGCGGGACCCUUCUCGCAGAUGGAAAGUCGCCUGAUGAAGAAUUCCGCAGACGUACUGCCUACUCUCAGCAGCUUGACGUCCACGACCCUUGUCAAACAGUCCGCGAAGCCCUUCAAUUCUCGGCAUACCUACGUCAGCCCGCGACCGCCAACAAAGCUUCUAAACACGCAGACGUUGAAGACAUCAUCCACCUUCUCGAGAUUCAAAACUUCGCAGACUCAAUCAUUGGCGAACCCGGCGCUGGCGGCAUUUCUCUUGAGCAACGGAAAAUGGUGACCAUAGGCGUCGAGCUCGCGGCCAAGCCCGAUGUUCUGUUUUUGGACGAGCCGACGAGUGGCUUAUCAACCCAGUCAGCCAUGAGCAUUGUGAAUAUAAUACGAAAGCUAGCUGACAGGGGAAAGUCAAUCGUAUGCACAAUCCAUCAACCCAACGCAGCUAUGUUCGGUGCGUUUUCUCAUCUUCUCCUCCUUCAUCAGGGCCGGCAAAUGUUCAGCGGACCAACGGAUGAAGUUGAACAGUACUUUUCACACUAUGGAUAUACCUGUCCUCAAAAUUCCAACUUUGCAGAAUUCAUGCUUGAAACCAUUAGCAAUGGGGGAAGAUCAACGGAUGAGUGGGCGCAGAUUUGGUCAAAUUCUUACCAAAAGGCUCGGAUGGACCGAGAUAUCCGCACCGUCGUCGAAGCCGCACAUAUUCUCGAUACCCCGGCAAUUGAGAGUCAUCCAAGGCCCAUCGAUAUUUCCAGCCGUCCUAAAUUUGCAGCGCAACUCAGGAUAGUCUCUACCCGGGCGUUCAAAACUGCGUGGCGCCAACCAGGCUAUGCCAGUACUCGAAUUAUCAACCACAUCUCCAUUGCACUUCUGACGGCGCUAGCGUAUUUGAACACCGGCAGUGCCUAUGGCGACUUGCAGAUGCGCGUCUUUGCAAUUUUUCAAGUAACAAUACUGCCGUCUCUUGUCCUCUCUCAAGUGGAACCUGCUUUUGAGAGGGCAAAAAUGGUUUUUCAGCGGGAGAGAGAUUCAGGGAUGUAUUCCAAGAGAGUUUUUCUCACAGCGAUGUUACUUUCGGAAAUACCUUUCACAGUUCUUUGUAGCGGCCUUUUCUAUUUGCUCUUGUUCCUCCCGGCGAACUUUAGCACUUCUGCACCCAAAGCAGGCUAUGAGUUCUUAAUCGUCCUUAUCACAAGUCAAUUCUCGGUCCAACUUGGCCAGACCAUCGCCGCACUAACGCCAUCAUCAUACAUUGCCUCUCUUUUCACACCGUUCUUACUCAUAACCUUUUCGCUCUUUUGCGGAGUAACCGUGCCACCGCAGAAUAUCCCUAAAUUCUGGACCUGGAUCUAUCGGCUCAAUCCAUUAUCCUACCUGGUCGGGGGCUUGAUUGAGACAGAGCUGUCCGGCCGGUCGGUUACGUGUAAGCCCUCGGAACUGUAUCAAUUCGACCCGCCCACAGGCAUGACGUGCAUUGAGUACUUACAAGGAUGGCUUGAAACAGCAUCAGGAUACUUGGUUGAUGGGGAUUCAAGUUCAAAUUGUGGAUAUUGUCCGUAUAACUCAGGUGACGACUACAUUUCCCAAUUUGGACUUGUUUGGGAGAAUCGAUGGAGGGACUUGGGAAUCUUGAGUAUAUAUCUCGGUAGCACAUUGGGGCCAGCUAGAGGAGAACAGAAAGCGGGUACUGAGGUCUUUGUGAGGGGUGCUAUUCGUCGUCGGCCACUGGAGUGA